AUGAUGUUCCUCCUACUCUUGGCGUCUGCUUGCUUGGUCUCGUCGACUUGUGCCUAUUUAUCUACGGCGCCUACUUCUGCUACCGACCUGGACGCGCAUUUGCGGCGGGGAAGCCCUACACCAGUGCCACUUUGGGGCCAAUGCGGAGGAAUAAAUCAUUUUGGAUCAACCAGUUGCGAAGGCGAACCCGAGUCGGCUGUUUGCAGUUCGCUCAAUGAUUGGUACUGGAUGUGCAUGCCUCAGACGAAACAGCCAUCGCCCACCACGCCGCCUCCAUCCGUAAUCACUCCACCGCCGCCUGUCAUCGUCACACCUCCGCCUUUCCCCUCAUGUCCAUGCACCCCAGGGCGAGACGUCACCUCAACUUCACCCCAAUCGCAGUGUGUUUGCGUGCCAUGUCCCGUCGCGUCAUGCGCCGCCUGCCAGCCUGGAUACACCGUCACCUUCGUACCAUCGCCCUACAAUGCGUGUCCCUCAUGCUCCUGCGCCCUUUCGCUACCGCAGACGCCGACCACUAGUACAAGAGGGUGUGCGAUUGCCAUGGCCACGUACUCGUGUUCGAGCUGUAGUUCUGGAUCGAAGACGACGGUUACGACCCCCGAGACAGGCGGGUGUCCUUCCUGUCAAUGCAUCCGUGUCAACUACAAAUGGGGUGGGUUGCACGUUUGGGUCCAGGUGUCUGGUGGUGGUGGAAGGGGCCAUGGGGGUACGACGGUCGUCCCUGUUGUGUGGGGUGUCGGGAUGCAUUGGUGGAACCCUGUAGAAAUUUCGAACGCUCAUACAAGGCUGAGAACGAACUCUUCAUGCAAAGUUUGCAAGGAAUACGUGCAAGAGACAGACAAGAGAAUAUAUCCGCCAGCAGGCUACCUUGGAGUCGCACAAAUCGAUUGUCCUGUGAAUCCUGUUCCGCCGCCUGGAUACGAACGAGAUUCAUCAGAUAUGAGCACUGAGAGGCUAUAA